AUGCCGCACUACACCGACCAAGAUGCUAAGAAAAGCGUUGAACCACUGGCAAUUGUGGGACUGGCCCUGCGUUACCCCGGUGAUGUGACCUCAUCGGGCGACUUUUGGAAGAUGAUGAUGGAACGGCGAUGUGCUGCCACUAAGUUUCCAUCUGAUCGCCUCAAUGUGGACGCACAUCACAAUCCUGAUGCUUCACGACAGGAUAGUCUAAGCAUCAACGGGGGGCAUUUCCUUUCAGGGGAUCUUGGGGCUUUUGAUGCCUCCUUCUUCUCAAUUCCCGCUGCGGAGGCCGAAGGGAUGGACCCCCAGCAACGGUUCAUGCUGGAAACAACUUACCAUGCCCUUGAAAAUGCAGGAAUUUCGCUCGAAAAAGCAGCUGGAAGUCAGACAUGUGUUUUCACCGGUUGUUCGUCGAACGACUAUGCAACUUUCUUCUCCAAGGACCCCCAAAACGCCGGAAAAUACGCGGCUUAUGGCCAAUCAAUGACCAUGGUUGCAAACCGUAUCAGCUGGUUCUACAACCUCAAGGGUCCCAGCGUGAAUGUUGACACCGCUUGUUCUAGCGGACUUGUGGCGCUGGACUCGGCCUGUCAUUCAAUCUGGGGCGGUGCCUCAACUACAGGCCUUGUUGUGGGUGCCAACCUGAUAUUUGCUCGGGAAUUUGCCAUGGCGCUUGAUAAUCUAGGUGUUCUCUCCCAAGACAAUCGAUGCUUCACGUUUGACGAGCGGGCAAAUGGAUACGGGCGCGGCGAAGGCGUGGGUGCCAUCAUUAUCAAGCCUGUCAAGGAUGCAAUUCGCGAUGGAGAUACUAUUCGAGCCGUGAUCCGCUCCACCAGGUCCAACCAGGAUGGCCGGACGCCUGGGAUCACACAGCCCAAUCGCGAAUCUCAGCAAAUAUUGAUUGAGAAUACUUAUUGCCAGGCCGGACUAGACCCUGCUACCACCCGGUAUUUUGAAGCCCAUGGGACUGGAACUCCAACAGGAGACCCAAUAGAGAUGAGAGCCAUUGGCGCGGUUUUCAGACCACAUCGGUCACCAGAAGACCCUCUAUACGUAGGAUCUGUGAAGUCCAACAUCGGCCAUCUUGAAGGUGGAAGUGGGAUUGCCGGACUCAUCAAAGUUGUUCUAUCCCUGGAGAAGGGCGUGAUUCCACCAGUCAGCGAGAAUUUUCGCUCGACAAAUCCUGGCAUCGAUGUGGAUUAUCUGAAUCUGAAGAUCGUCUCCAAACCUGUUGUUUGGCCUGCUGGGCUUCGCCGAUCUUCCAUUAACUCAUUCGGCUUUGGGGGUACAAACAGCCAUGUUGUCUUGGAUGAUGCUCUUCAUUUCAUUGAAAGUGAAGGUUUGACAGCAAACCACACUUCUUGUGCUCAUCCUUCAUUGAAGCAAUGCUCAAUAAACGAAUCUGACACUAAUGGAUCUCACGCCAAUGCGUCCCACGCCAACGGGGAGAAAGCAACCCAUCGCUCUGUUCAAGGCAUUGUUGGGACUUCAUCCCAUCUUCAUAUUCUAACAUGGUCCGCAUCAGAUGAAGGUGGCAUUCAGCGACUGGUACAAGUGUGGAAGCCAUAUUUCAGCAGCGUCUCUCUGAACCCCGAUGAAUCAGAACAGUAUCUGCACAAUUUGGCUCAUACUCUCAACCAGAGACGGAGCCGUCUGCCAUGGAUGACAUAUGCCCUCAUGGACGCCAACACUAAGUUGGAGGCAGUUGUGGACUCUUGGAAACCCCCAACUCGGUGCCUAGAAAGCCGUAAUAUGGCAUAUGUAUUCUCAGGUCAAGGGGCUCAAUGGCCUGCGAUGGGCUGCGAGUUGCUGGCUCGCUAUCCGGUCUACCGCCACAGCCUCAUCGAGGCAGGCAACUACCUACAGGGACUUGGCUGUGAAUGGGACCUGCUUGAGGAGCUGCACAAAGGAAACGAAAAAUCAUUGGUGAACGAUCCCAUGCUCGGGCAGCCACUGUGUACAGCGAUUCAAAUCGCCCUCGUGGAUCUACUUUCUCUGUUUGGGCUCAAGCCGGCCACAGUAGUUGGUCAUUCCUCUGGAGAAAUUGCUGCCGCAUAUUGCGCUCAUUCCAUUUCACGCGAGUAUGCUUGGCGUCUUGCCUACUUCCGUGGUCUUUGGGCUGCAAAUCUCGCGACCUCUUCCACCAUGGAUGGGGCAAUGAUGGCAGUGGCUUUGUCGCCGGAGCAGGUUCAAGCUUUCCUGGACACAUUAUAUUCUCAGGAAGAGCAACUGCGUGUUGUUGUUGCCUGUGUGAACAGCCCCAAGAGUGUUACUCUCUCUGGACAACGUAGUCAAAUUAACAUCCUACUGGCCUUGUUUCAGGAGAAAGAGAUCAUGGCCCGAGUUCUACCCAUUCCAGUUGCCUAUCACUCAUUUCAGAUGGAAGAAAUUGCAAUCGCCUAUCGAGACAGCAUCGGUGAUGACACCCGGCGCCCUUCUGAUAGACCACAGAGCCACUCACCUCAAAUGAUAUCUUCCGUCAACGGGGAGUGGGUGGAUGGAGACACGUUGUCCAAGGCAGAAUACUGGGUAAACAACCUGUUGUCGACCGUGCAGUUCCUCGAUGCCUUCAGGAUGCUGUCCACUAAACACGCUGUUCCACUCACAAAGAAGCUGGAUGGGUCACAUCGAAAGCGGUUGACGGUUGAUACGGUGGUAGAGAUCGGACCCCAUGCAGCUAUGCGAGGUCCCUGCCGCGAUAUCCUCCGAGAGUCCGGCCGUAACACGCAGGUCGAAUACCUCUCUGUUCUGACGCGGAAGACAUGCGGAGUGCGCACGGUGCUAGAAGCAAUGGCUCACCUGCGCUGUAUGGGAUACCCUGUGGAUCUCAACAUCGUCAACUCGAACCCGUCAAAGAUAAAUAAGCAACAGCAAAAGGUGCUGACUGAUCUGCCUUCGUAUCAGUUCAAUAAGACCAAGUCCUACUGGCGCGAAGGCAUAAUCAGCAAGUCGUUCCGGUUCCGUCGUUUUGGGAGGCAUGAGCUCCUUGGAUUGCCUGAUGAUGACUGGAAUCCGUUGCUCCCUAAGUGGAACAACAUCCUACAACCGUCUGAUCCCGUCUGGGUGAAGGACCAUCAGGUAAACAACACCAUUAUCGUUCCCGGUGCAGGCAUGCUCAGCAUGGCCAUUGAAGCCACCAAACAGCUCAUAAGCCCCGAACAAGAAAUCACUGGGUUCAGCUUCAAGAACGUGAAAUUCAUGUCGGCUUUGGUUGUCCCAGCAGAUACCGCAGGCCUUGAAACUCGAUUCUGCAUGCGGCCUCAGCGCGAGGAUGGGCCUAACGGUGAUGGCUGGUACGAGUUCAGUCUCUUCUCCUGUAAAAGCUCUUGGAUCAAAAACUGCACUGGGAGUAUCCAGGCAGUUAUUGGAAAGCCUAGCAUGAGUGAGAUUGAUGGUAACGACGCAGCAUCCAUGGAAAAGACGGAGGCAUUGGACCAACUUCGCCAGAUGACGGAGCAGUCCACUACCGUCCUGGAUAGCGAUCAUUUCUAUUCAAGUCUUACAUCCUCCGGGUUGCAAUUUGGCCCGACAUUUGCGGUAAUUCGCAACGUUGCCAGCGAUCAAGGCCAUCAUCAGGUGACGGAUGUUCAAACGUAUACGUCUGAUGCACUCAACCGUUGGGAUGGGGCUUAUACCAUCCACCCGACGACCUUGGACGGACUCAUGCAAGGCACUCAAGUCCUACGCUCUCAGGCGGGUCAGAAACGCAUCGCGCCAUCAAUUCCUAUUUAUCUUGACAGGGCAUGGGUAUCGAAUGUCGGCCUAAAUCAUCCAGCCGCCGCAUCGAUCAAGGUUGGGACCAAACUUUGUCACGAGGGUCGACAGGAAUCGACCUUCAGUCUCAUAGCAGCGAGCCAAGCUGCAGACCAGGUUCUGAUCACUAUCGACGGCGUCACCUUCAAGGCAAUUGAUUCUCAGAGCUCUGUCGAAGAGUAUGGAGCCUCUUCAGAAAGCUCGAAGUGUCAUCAAAUUGAUUGGAAACCAGAUUUGGAUCUCAUGAACGAGGACGAAAUCAUGCAAUUCUGCAAUGAUUACAUUCCUGAUUCGGCUGGACAUGGUGUUCACUACUUGAACAUGGAAUUGAUGAUCGCGGGUUUCAUCUUUCGCGCUGUAAAUGCGAUUUCUCGGGGGGAAAAGGUCAAGGCUGCCUUGGUGCAGCCCUACAUGGACUGGUUGAAGCAUAAUCUUCAAGUGACUCGGGAUGGCAAAUCCCCAUUCAGCUCCAAAUACUGGCAAGAACGGAUUCAAGAUGACGUUGGAUUUGCAAAGCUUUGUGCCUCUGUGGAGGAAGCUAGCCAGCUUGGAAAAACGUUGGUGAAUGUCGGUAUAGCACUCGUGGAAUAUGCUGAAGGCAAGCAUGAGCAGCCGUUGUCGCGUAUUGUGGAUGUUGAGCUACUGGAAAACUCAUACGAAGAACUGUUGGAAAACACGCCUGGGGUGCGCCGUUGGAGAAAAUAUAUGGAUACACUGGGACACAAGUACCCGGGAAUGAAGAUACUCGAAGUCGACGGCGGUUUUGGGUCUGCCUCGCGUCUCAUGAUGGAGACUUUGGCCUCCAAGGACCCUGAUGGUCACAUUAUACCACGGUUUGCGCGCUUUGACAUUGCUCGCAGUGAUCAAAAUCGGCUUUCUGCUCUUCAAACGCGGCUAGGAGACUGCAGUCCACGGGUGUCCUUCAAAUGUCUGGAUGUGGGUGGCAACCUUGGGUCUGAAGAAUUGGAAUCCUCUAACUAUGAUCUGAUCGUCGUGUAUUUGGCAUUCCACGAGUUCGCGUCUAUCAAGAAGUCCCUCGGAAACCUUCGGAGUAUGCUGACGGAACGGGGGAAGCUUGUUAUCAUCGACAUGGUUAAUCCAGACUCCACUCGGAACACCGAGUCCUAUCGAAGCAUGGGACACUGCGUCGGCGAGUCCAAGUGGGAUGAGAUUUUGCGACAGUCCGGAUUUUCAGGUUCGGAUCUCGUCUUCCGGGAUCAUGAUGACCUUAUCUGCCACGAAAUAAGCGUCAUUGUAUCCACAUCCGUCGAAAGAUCUACCGCGGUGGAUGAUCAUACUCACCCUCCUGUGGCAAUGCUGUUCGACCCAACACAGCCUUCCCAGAAAGCACUUGCCGAAGGCCUGGUUACUCGCCUACCAGAAGAAUUCGCCAGCUCUGUAGAAAUUUGGUCUAUCAAGAAGACCCUUCCGGAAUCAAUGCCCCAGGAUUUGAUUUGCAUAGUACUUCUGGAGCUGGACAGUCCAUUACUGGCAGAAAUGAAUGAGAGUGUCUUCCAGAAGGUCCAACAGCUAGCUAUUGGAUGCCGCAAAGUUAUGUGGAUCGGCUCAAAUGGAGCUGGCGACUCGUCGCCCUUCCUUCGAGUUGUCGAUGGAUUCUUCAGGGUACUCAACUCGGAAGAUAGUCGAGGGAUAUUCACCACGCUAUCCAUCGAAAAUACAGACUUCCAGGCUGAUCGAAUUAUGCGAGUAUUGAAGGCGAUGGUUUCAUCCACAAAGCCUGAGACUGAAUAUGUGGAGAAAUCUGGCUUCCUUCACAUCCCACGUCUUGUUGAGGCCCCUCAGCUUUCCCACGCAGUCAGGAGGCUUCGAUCUUCGCAAUCCCCCACACGCUUACAAUGGAACUCUGCUCCUCCUUUGAAACUUACUAUCGGCCCUGCUGGUAUGCUUGACAAUCUCCAGUUUGUCGAAGAUACAGACCGCAAGUUACCUCUCCCCGCGGAUAUGCUAGAGAUUAAGGUGAAAGCAGUUGGCGCCAAUUUCCGUGAUGUUCUAGUCAUGCUCGGUCGGAUGGAUCAGACCACCUUGGGCUUCGAGUGCGCCGGUGUGGUGACACGGGUUGGGAGUUCCUGUACCGACUUCCAAGUAGGGGAUCAAGUUGUCGGUUGUAACUUUGACAGCUACCGCACAUACGCCCGUCUGCACCAGGCUGCCACUAUCAGGAUACCCCCAGGGAUGUCAUUCAGUGAUGCAGCUGCUAUCCCAACCAACUUUGUCACCGCAUGGCAUGCCUUGGCUUUCAUUGCUAACGUGCAGCCUGGUGAGACUGUUCUGAUUCACUCCGGAGCAGGAGGAACAGGACAGGCGGCUGUCCAGGUAGCUCAAUAUCUCGGGGCCGACGUUAUUGCCACUGUCGGGAAUGCGGGGAAAAAAAAGUUCCUGAUCGAUCGUUACGGUAUCCCUGAUUCUCAAAUUUUCUCCAGUCGAAACACCCACUUUGCCGCAGGUAUUCGACGAUUGACAAACGGCCAGGGUGUUGAUGUAGUGCUCAACUCCUUGUCUGGAGAAGGUCUUGUCGCAUCGUGGGAAUCCAUUGCCCCCUACGGCCGAUUCCUCGAAAUUGGGAAGCGGGAUAUUCUAGGUCAUGGCCAGCUUGAUAUGUACCACUUUGCCCGGAAUGUUACUUUCAGUGCAAUUGACCUGGCUUUAGUCGUCCAGGAGCGGCCUCACCUCAUUGGAAAGGCUCUCCGUGCCUUGAUGCCACUUAUGUCUGCGGGUAUCCUUCAGGUGUCUAAUCCCCUACGUGUCUAUGGGAUAGAUGAAUUGGAGAAAGGGUUCAGGACGUUACAAGCAGGACAAAGCUCUGGGAAAGUAGUUUUUGAGAUGCGCGACCAUGAUAUCAUUGAUACCCUCAUUACCCCUCGACCAUCUCACAGUUUUGACCCCAACGCCACCUAUAUCAUUGCUGGGGGUCUAGGAGGACUUGGGAAAAGCAUUGUUCGCUGGAUGGUCUCUUGCGGAGCUCGGUACUUGCUUCUGCUUUCUCGGUCUGGGGCAAAUAGUCGCGAUGCACAGGCUUUCAUCCGUGAGCUGGCUGGCUAUAAGGUCAAGGCUCAAGCACCAGCUUGUGACAUCACGAAUCGCUCAAUGCUAGAGGCUAUCUUGGGGGAUGUGUCAUAUACCAUGCCCCCAAUCAAGGGUUUCAUCCAAGCCACAGUGGUUCUCCAGGAUGCAAUGUUCCAGCAGAUGACUCAUUCGCAAUGGGUCCAAGCAGCAUCACCCAAGGUUGCGGGAACCUGGAACUUACAUCAGCUGCUUCCCUCGGGUCUUGAUUUCUUCAUCAUGCUUUCCUCCAUCUCGAGUAUCACGGGCAAUCGGGGCCAGGCAAACUAUGCUGCGGCGAAUGGCUUUAUGGACGCGCUAGCCCAUCACCGGGUGGCUCAUGGGGAGCGCGCUACCUCAUUAAACUUGGGCUUCUUCCUUUCCACUGGGCUGGUUGCGCAGUCAUCCUCUUUGAAAGACCGCUACACAUCCAACUUGCCUUUUGUUCCCGUGACGGAGGUAGAACUUCACGCCCUUCUGUCCUUAUACUGUGACCCACGCGCGCCUCAAUCGUAUGAGAGAGGCUGUCAAACGAUCAUCGGGCUUACGAGUCCGUGGGAUGUGUACAAGCGCAACCCCGACGCUACAUAUUGGCUUGAGAAACCCGCUUUCCGACAGAUCCUUGCCACUGACCACGCGGAAGGUGCUGAAAGAGACUCGCAUGACCAGCCCUCCAGUGGUCAAGUCGGAAAGAGUCUCUCGUCUGCGGAUUCGGUGGAGGCGGCUGGUGCGAUAGUCACCGACUUACUGGUCUCUAAGCUAUCAAAGACCCUUGGGAUUCCAAAAGAGGAGGUACAUGGAGAGAGACCAUUGCAUAGCUAUGGGGUUGACUCUCUGGUGGCAGUGGAGUUCCGAAACUGGUUUUUCAAAGAGUUGGAUGUUGACGUGGCAAUUUUUGACAUGCUUGGCGGCACCACAAUCGCCGCGGUUGGCAACUCGGCGGCUGGCAAAAUAUUUGCCAAGCGGGAAACUUAG